AUGGGAAAUGCAACUCAAUUCAUGUCUAUAAUAUUAUUAGGAUAUACAGAUGUCGGACCCAUGAGAUAUUUUUAUUUUUCUGGGUUAACUCUACUGUAUUUAAUAAUCUUGUUUUCAAAUGCAUUGCUUAUUGGUGUAAUCUCUAUAGAAAAAACCUUACAUGAGCCCAUGUACAUUUUCCUGUGCAGUUUGUCUCUCAAUGAAUUGUAUGGAAGCACAGCUUUGUUCCCAUCUCUUCUUGUUCAUGUAAUUUCUAAUAUCAGUGAAGUUUCCCUUACUUUUUGUUUUAUACAGAUUUUUUGUUUGUACACUUAUGCGCUUUUGGAAUAUUGCAAUUUAGCUGUUAUGUCCUAUGACAGAUAUGUUUCUAUCUGUUAUCCUUUCCAUUACAGUAAAAUAAUAACUCAUCAUAAAGUAUUUGUGUUCAUUUUGCUUUCUUGGCUAUUCUGUUUUAUACAAUAUGGUUUUACCAUCUUCUUGAGUGCACGACUACAGCUGUGUGACAAUGUCAUUGAGAAAGUGUAUUGUGACAACUACUUAUUAGUUAGACUCGCUUGUUCAAAUACAGAUGUGAAUAACAUUUAUGGUCUGUUUUUCACAGUUUUUUCAUUAGGUAUUCCAUUGUUACUGAUCUUGUAUUCAUACAUGAAAAUUUUGAAGAUCUGUUGGAAUUCUAACAGGGAAACUAAGCGGAAGGCCAUGAGCACUUGUACUCCACACAUAGCAUCACUUCUUAAUUUCUCCUUGGGAUGUUCCUUUGAAAUCUUCCAAAGUAGAUUUGUUAAAGUACCUAUGCCUAAUGUUUUACGCGUUGUAAUCUCUGUUUACUUUGUGAUUUGCCCUCCUCUGCUCAGUCCUGUGAUGUAUGGAAUAAGGAUGAGUAAAAUUAGAAAAGAAAGGAGACAGAAAACCAGCAUCACCAUGUUGCUCCAGAUGCUGUCCCAAGAAAAGCCACAUGGAUGGAGCGAUGAAAUUGAGGUGCUGUUCACCAUUUACUGGCUUGCCUGUGGAGCCUCCUACAGGGCAACUUCAGAUAUCCUUAGAGUUCCAGUUGCCACAGUCUGCAGGAUCGUCCACAAUGUUGUGGAGGAAAAGAUGAACAUCCUCCACAGAGUCAUUCAUUUUUCAAAGGCAGAAGAGCUGGAGGUGGCGGGGGCAGGCUUUUUAGACCCUUCUACCACUGCCUACAUCUCAGGGGACCCUGGCCUCUACAAAGCAGCCAGAUAUGACCUCCGGAGGUCCAUCAGGGAUGCCAAGAAGAACUACAGGAACAAAGUGGAGUCCAACUACUACAGCUCUGACCCAAGGAGCAUGUGGAGUGGAUUUUGCUGCAUCGCGGACUAUAAGGGGAAAAACAGCAUUGCUCCCAGAAGAGCACACCUUUUACACUUGGUUUGA